AUGUGCCCCCUCGCCGUCCCCAUUCCAGCAGCACGCACCGUCCUAUGCUGGCCCAUACUAGACCUCCUAUCCGCGUACUACCACGAGCGCAUCUCCCACCUCCGCCGCUGCGUCCUCGGUGCCGCGCUGGCCUUCGCCCUGGGCGCGGCCGACAUGUGCCGCAGCGAGCACGCGCACCUGCAGGCGCACUCGACGCUGAUCGCCGAGCUCGCCCUCUACACCGUGCUCGGGUUCGUGGCCGAGUGGCGGUUCGGCCUCCUGGCGCGCGCGGAUGCCUGGCUGGCCCGCGAGCUGGCCGACCUGAUGUACGUCGUGGAGGACAUCGAGGCCGUCUUCGACAUCGCGCGCAAGAUGCGCGUGAGGCGGGAUGGUGGCAAGACGUGGAAAGACGGGGCGAUGGUGAGGAGGAAGACGUGGAAGCCGAGGGUACGCGGUACCCGGGGCUUCAGGCGUGGCGGGGACUGGACGUCGUAUGGGGACGAGAGCGAUUUGAUGUUGUGGAUGAAGCACCGGAACCAGGUGCGGCAGAGGCUGAUGAAGGCGAAGUAA